AUGGUAGUUGUAAUAAGACCUGUUUGUCCAGGUGUGGAUGCCAACGGAGUCGAUGGAGCUGUAGGGACAGCUGGACUGGAUGGACUGGUGGGAGUCGUGGGUGCGGUAGGUGCCGAUGGACUUGUAGGAGCUGUAGGAGCUGAUGGACUCGUAGGAGCUUUAGGAGCCGAUGGACUUGAUGGAGUGCUUGGAGCUGAUGGACUCGAUGGGCUUGUAGGAGCUGUAGGAGCCGAUGGAAUCGAUGGAGUCGUAGGUGCUGAUGGGCUUGUAGGAGCUGUAGGUGCCGAUGGACUCAAUGGAGCCGUAGGCGCCGAUGGACUCAAUGGAGCCGUAGGAGCCGAUGGACUCGAUGGAGUGCCUGGAGAUGUGGGUCCUGUAGGUGGGCAGAUGAUAGUAGUAAUAGUCAUCACCUGCUCGGGAACAGUGGUUCCUGGUACUGUACUACCAGGAAUCGUAGUUCCUGGGAUCGUGCUUCCUGGAAUUGUGGUUCCUGGAAUUACACUUCCAGAUACAGUAGACUCCUCGAUAGUGGUACCGGGGAUUGUGCUAGCUGGUACUGUGCUUCCUGGAACGGUACUUCCAGGUACAGAGGAUCCUGGCAUAGUCAUCAAUACUGUCGUUGUAACCAAGUUUCCAGAGACACAUGUUGUAGGUGUUGUAGGAGCAGCUGGACUAGAUGGACUUGAUGGACUGGUGGGGGCACUGGGUGCCGUAGGAGCCGAUGGACUCGUAGGAGCUGUAGGAGCCAACGGGCUUGUAGGAGCUGUAGGAGCCGAUGGGCUUGUAGGAGCUGUAGGAGCCGACGGGCUUGUAGGAGCAGCUGGACUAGAUGGACUUGAUGGACUUGAUGGACUGGUGGGAGCAGUGGGUGCCGUAGGAGCCGAUGGACUCGAUGGAGUGUUUGGAGUGGUGGGUCCUGUAGGUGGGCAGAUGAUAGUAGUAACAGUCAUCACUCGUCCGGGAACAGUGGUACCGUGUACUGUACUACCAGGAAUCGUAGUUCCUGGAAUCGUGCUUCCUGGAAUUGUGGUUCCUGGAAUAACACUUCCAGAUACAGUAGAUUCCUCGAUAGUGGUACCGGGGAUUGUGCUAGCUGGUACUGUGCUCCCUGGAACGGUACUUCCUGGUACAGAGGAUCCUGGCAUAGUCAUCAAUACUGUCGUUGUAACCAAGUUUCCAGAGACACAUGUUGUAGGUGUUGUAGGAGCAGCUGGACUAGAUGGACUUGAUGGACUGGUGGGAGCAGUGGGUGCCGUAGGAGCCGAUGGACUCGUAGGAGCCGACGGGCUUGUAGGAGCUGUAGGAGCCGAUGGGCUUGUAGGAGCUGUAGGAGCCGAUGGGCUUGUAGGAGCUGUGGGUGCCGUAGAAGCUGUAGGUGCCGUAGGAGCUGAUGGACUCAAUGGAGCCGUAGGAGCCGAUGGACUCGACGGAGUGUUUGGAGAUGUGGGUCCUGUAGGUGGGCAGAUGAUAGUAGUAACAGUCAUCACUCGUCCGGGAACAGUGGUACCGGGUACUGUACUACCCGGUACCGUAGUUCCUGGAAUCGUGCUUCCUGGAAUUGUGGUUCCUGGAAUAACACUUCCAGAUACAGUAGAUUCCUCGAUAGUGGUACCGGGGAUGGUUCUGGCUGGUACUGUGCUUCCUGGAACAGUACUUCCGGGUUCAGAGGAUCCUGGCAUAGUCAUCAAUACUGUCGUUGUAACCAAGUUUCCAGAGACACAUGUGGUAGGUGUUGUAGGAGCAGCUGGACUAGAUGGACUUGAUGGACUGGUGGGAGCAGUGGGUGCCGUAGGAGUCGAUGGACUCGUAGGAGCUGUAGGAGCCGAUGGGCUUGUAGGAGCUGUAGGAGCCGAUGGGCUUGUAGGAGCUGUAGGUGCCGAUGGACUCAAUGGAGCCGUAGGCGCCGAUGGACUCAAUGGAGCCGUAGGAGCCGAUGGACUCGAUGGAGUGCCUGGAGAUGUGGGUCCUGUAGGUGGGCAGAUGAUAGUAGUAAUAGUCAUCACCUGCUCGGGAACAGUGGUGCCGGGUACUGUACUACCAGGAAUCGUAGUUCCUGGAAUCGUGCUUCCUGAAAUUGUGGUUCCUGGAAUAACACUUCCAGAUACAGUAGAUUCCUCGAUAGUGGUACCGGGGAUUGUGCUAGCUGGUACUGUGCUCCCUGGAACGGUACUUCCUGGUACAGAGGAUCCUGGCAUAGUCAUCAAUACUGUCGUAGUAACCAAGUUUCCAGAGACACAUGUUGUAGGUGUUGUAGGAGCAGCUGGACUAGAUGGACUUGAUGGACUGGUGGGAGCAGUGGGUGCCGUAGGAGCCGAUGGACUCGUAGGAGCUGUAGGAGCCGACGAGCUUGUAGGACCUGUAGGAGCCGUAGGAGCCGAUGGACUCGAUGGAGUGUUUGGAGUGGUGGGUCCUGUAGGUGAGCAGAUGAUAGUAGUAACAGUCAUCACUCGUCCGGGAACAGUGGUACCGGGUACUGUACUACCCGGAAUCGUAGUUCCUGGAAUCGUGCUUCCUGGAAUUGUGGUUCCUGGAAUAACACUUCCAGAUACAGUAGAUUCCUCGAUAGUGGUACCGGGGAUAGUGCUAGCUGGUACCGUGCUUCCUGGGACAGUACUUCCAGGUACAGAGGAUCCUGGCAUAGUCAUCAAUACUGUCGUUGUAACCAAGUUUCCAGAGACACAUGUUGUAGGUGUUGUAGGUGUUGUAGGAGCCACUGGAGUAGAUGGACUUGUAAGAACAGUGGGUGCUGGACUUGUAAGAACAGUGGGUGCUGUAGGCACCAAUGGACUCAAAGGACUAGUAGGGGCCGUGGGUACCAGUGGACUCGAAGAGCUCGAAGGAGUUGUAGGAGCCGAUGGACUGGGUGGAGCGCUAGGAGAGGUAAAUGCUGUGGGAGGACAGAUUAUAGUAGUAACAGUCAUCACCUGCUCGGGAACAGUGGUUCCUGGUACUGUACUACCCGGAAUAGUGGUUCCUGGGAUUGUGCUUCCUGGAAUUGUGGUUCCUGGAAUAACACUUCCAGAUACAGUAGAUUCCUCGAUAGUGGUACCGGGGAUUGUGCUAGCUGGUACUGUGCUCCCUGGAACGGUACUUCCAGGUACAGAGGAUCCUGGCAUAGUCAUCAAUACUGUCGUAGUAACCAAGCUUCCAGAGACACAUGUUGUAGGUGUUGUAGGAGCAGCUGGACUAGAUGGACUUGAUGGACUGGUGGGAGCAGUGGGUGCCGUAGGAGUCGAUGGACUCGUAGGAACUGUAGGAGCCGAUGGGCUUGUAGGAGCUGUGGGUGCCGUAGGAGCUGAUGGACUCAAUGGAGCCGUAGGAGCCGAUGGACUCGAUGGAGUGCCUGGAGAUGUGGGUCCUGUAGGUGGGCAGAUGAUAGUAGUAAUAGUCAUCACUCGUCCGGGAACAGUGGUACCGGGUACUGUACUACCAGGAAUAGUAGUUCCUGGAAUCGUGCUUCCUGAAAUUGUGGUUCCUGGAAUAACACUUCCAGAUACAGUAGACUCCUCGAUAGUGGUACCGGGGAUGGUUCUGGCUGGUACUGUGCUUCCUGGAACAGUACUUCCUGGUACAGAGGAUCCUGGCAUAGUCAUCAAUACUGUCGUAGUAACCAAGUUUCCAGACACGCAUGUUGUAGGUGUUGUAGGAGCAGCUGGGCUGGAUGGACUUGUAGGGGCGGUUGGUGCAGAUGGACUGACCGGAGAUGAUGAACUCGAGGUAGCUGUUCCACAGAUGAUCGUGUAA